AUGGCCGCUUAUGAGGCCAUGCUCAGUGUGAUGCAACAGCAGUUGGGUGGUCAGCCACUGAAUAUUAUUAGUGAGGCGGCCGAUGAGAUAUUGGCUGUCCUGAAGAACGAGACCAUCAAAAACGCUGAGAAGAAGAAGAAGGAAAUAGAGCAAUUAUUGAACCCCAUACCAAACCGUGUCUUUGAUCAACUGGUUUUAAUCGGGAGGCUUAUUACUAAUUACCAGGAUGGGGGUAACAAAGAUAGGUCUCCUUUGGCUAAUUCCGAUGAUGCUCUUGAUGAUGAUUUUGGUGUUGCUGUUGAGUUUGAAGAGAAUGAGGAGGAGGAGGAAGAGACUGAUCUUGAUAUAGUACAACAGGAGGAUGAAGAAGAGGAAGAUGGUGUGCUGGAUGCAAAUGGUGCUGCGACUAUGCAGAUGGGUGGUGGGAUUGAUGAUGAUGAUAUGCAGGAAGCUAAUGAGGGAAUGACACUGAAUGUUCAGGACAUUGAUGCUUAUUGGCUUCAGAGGAAGAUUUCUCAGGCUUACAAGCAACAGAUUGAUCCACAACAGAGCCAGAAACUUGCUGAAGAAGUACUUAAAAUUUUAGCUGACGCUGAUGGUCGUGUAGUUGAAACCAAGUUGUUGGUGUAUCUCCAAUUCAAUAAGUUCAAUCUCAUUAAGUACCUGUUGCGAAACCUGCUGAAGAUUGUGUGGUGUAUCCGCUUGGCUAGGGCUGAGGACCAAGAGAAGAGGAAGAAGAUUGAAGAGGAAAUGAUGGGUCUGGAGCCAGAUCAUUCUGCGAUUCUGGAGCAGUUGCAUGCCACAAGGGCCUCUGCGAAAGAGAGAAAUCAUAAUAACAAGGGAUAUGAGGAGGUUCAUGUGCCGGCAUUGAAACCGAAAUCCCUUGCUGCCGGUGAAGAGCUUGUAAAGGUUUUUGCUAUGCCAGACUGGGCACAACCCGCUUUCAGAGGGAUGACCCAUUUGAACAGAGUCCAGAGCAAAGUUUAUGAGACUGCACUUUUCUCAGCAGAAAAUAUUCUUCUGUGUGCUCCCACUGGGGCAGGGAAGACUAAUGUUGCAAUGCUCAAAAUACUUCAGCAGAUUGCAUUGCACACGACUGAAGAUGGAAAGUCAGGUGAUCGCACUUAUACUCAGCUUGUGAAACUUCUCAUCAUUGAUGAGAUCCAUCUUCUGCAUGAUAACAGAGGACCUAUACUUGAAAGUAUUGUUUCAAGAACUGUCAGGCAAAUUGAGACCACAAAAGAACAAAUUCGACUUGUUGGGUUAUCAGCUACGCUCCCAAACUAUGAAGAUGUGGCAUUGUUUUUGCGAGUUGAUUUGAAGAAAGGACUCUUCCAUUUUGAUAAUAGCUAUAGACCUGUCCCUCUUGCUCAACAAUAUAUUGGUAUCACAGUGAAGAAGCCUUUGCAGAGAUUCCAGUUGAUGAAUGAUGUGUGUUAUGAUAAGGUAAUCAGCCAAGCAGGAAAGCAUCAGAUUCUUAUAUUUGUCCACUCAAGGAAAGAAACAGCAAAAACAGCCCGAGCAAUUCGAGAUGCUGCACUUUCUAAAGACACUCUCAGUAAAUUCUUGAAAGAGGAUGGUGUGAGCCGUGAAAUUCUUCAAAGCCAUACAGAUCUGGUCAAGAGCACUGAUCUGAAAGACCUGUUGCCCUAUGGUUUCACAAUUCAUCAUGCAGGGAUGGUUAGGUCUGAUCGUCAGCUUGUUGAGGAGCUAUUUGGUGAUAAACAUGUUCAAGUGUUGGUUUCCACAACAACUCUUGCUUGGGGUGUCAAUUUACCUGCACACACUGUUAUAAUUAAAGACACACAAAUUUACAAUCCUGAAAAAGGAGCAUGGACUGAGCUGAGUUCGCUGGAUGUUAUGCAGAUGCUUGGUCGUGCAGGGAGGCCUCAAUACGAUUCCUAUGGGGAAGGAAUCAUUAUAACUGGACAUGGUGAGUUGCAGUAUUAUCUUUCUUUGAUGAAUCAACAACUUCCUAUUGAAAGUCAAUUUGUGCCCAAAUUGGAUGAUCAGAUGAAUGCAGAAAUCGUCCUUGGAACUGUUCAAAAUGCUAGAGAUGCGUGUAAUUGGCUGAGUUAUACUUACCUUUAUGUUCACAUGUUACAAAAUCCUACGCUUUAUGGCUUAGCACUUGAUGCGCUGACACAGGAUAUACUAUUGGAGGAAAGAAGAGCCAAUUUGGUUCAUUCUGCGGCAACAAUAUUAGACAAAAAUAACCUGGUUAAGUAUGAUAGGAAACCUGGGUAUUUCCAGGUUACUGACUUGGGUUGCAUUGCUAGCUACUAUUACAUUACUCAUGGGACUAUAGCCACAUACAAUGAGCAUUUGAAACCAACAAUGGGGGAUAUUGAGUUUUAUCAAUUGUUCUCCCUUAGUGAAGAGUUCAAAUAUGUGACUGUGAGACAAGAUGAAAAGAUGGAACUGGCAAAGCUUUUAGAUCGUGUUCCCAUUCCUAUUAAGGAGAGUCUAGAAGAACCAACUGCGAAGAUUAACGUUUUACUCCAAGCAUAUAUUUCGCAGCUAAAGCUUGAAGGACUUUCUCUAACAUCUGACAUGGUGUUCAUUACUCAGAGUGCAGGACGUCUCAUGCGAGCUCUGUUUGAGAUCGUUUUCAAAAAGGGAUGGGCUCAAUUAGCUGAGAAGGCUUUAAAAUUGUGCAAAAUUAUUAACAAGAGAAUGUGGAGUGUCCAAAUGCCGCUACGCAAAUUCCAUGGGAUUCCAAAUGAGAUUUUAAUGAUGUUGGAGAAGAAAGAUUUGGCUUGGGAAAGGUAUUAUGAUAUGUCUUCACAGGAGAUAGGUGAGCUCAUUCGUGUCCCUACGAUGGGAAGAACACUUCACAAGUUCAUUCACCAGUUGCCAAAUCUUAAACUAGCAGCACAUGUUCAGCCAAUUACUCGCUUAGUUUUGAGGGUUGAACUGACCAUCACACCAGACUUUCAGUGGGAAGACAAAGUCCAUGGAUUUGUAGAGCCAUUUUGGGUCCUUAUGGAAGAUAGCAAUGGGGAAUAUAUUCUUCAUUAUGAAUAUAUAAUGCUAAAGAAGAAAUAUGUUGACAAGGACCACACUUUGACUUUUACUGUCCCAAUCUAUGAACCACAACCUCGUCAAUACUUCCUUCGUGUUGUGUCGGAUACAUGGCUUGAUGAGAAUGUCUUAGUUGCAGCACCAACUAGGAGUGGGAAGACUACAUGUGCCGAGUUUGCCAUACUGAGGAAUCAUCAGAAAAUACCUGAGGGUUUCACGCGUGCUAUGUAUAUUGCUCCUAUUGAAGCUCUUGCUAAGGAACGAUAUAAUGAUUGGAAGAGGAAGUUCAGAGAGGCUCUUGGAAUGAGAGUGGCUGAAUUAACCGAGGCAAUGGCCACAGACUUGAAACUGCAUGAGAAAGGUGGUCCUAUUUUGGAGGUUAUAGUCUCUAGAAUGAGAUAUAUUGCAAGUCAGGUUGAGAACAAGAUUCGUAUAGUGGCUUUGUCAACUUCUCUUGCAAAUGCCAAGGAUCUGGGGGAAUGGAUUGAAGCUACCUCUCACAGCCUUUUCAAUUUUCCACCGGGGGUCAAACCAGUGCCUCUGGAAAUACAUAUUCAGGGCAUCAACAUUUCUAACUUUGAAGCGAGGAUGCAGGCGAUGACGAAACCAACAUAUACUGCAAUUGUCCAACAUGCCAAGGAUGGGAAACCUGCCUUUGUGUUUGUUCCUACCAGGAAGCAUGCACGUCUCACUGUUGUGGAUCUGAUAACAUACUCAAGUGUGGAUAGUGGAGAGACACUGAUGUUUUUCCUGAAGUGUACAAAAGUUUUGGAGCCUUUCAUUGACAGGAUCAAGGAGCCUAUGUUGAAAGAGACACUGAAAUACGAGGUGGUUGUUGGAGUCAUUCAAAACAAGCAAGAUGCACUGGACUAUCUCACUUGGACAUUCAUGUAUAGGAGGCUUGCUCAGAAUCCAAAUUACUACAACCUUCAGGGUGUUAGUCAUAGGCAUCUCUCUGAUUACCUCUCAGAGCUUGUAGAGAACACACUUAGAGAUCUGGAAUCUAGUAAAUGUGUUGCUAGUGAGGAUGAUUUUGAACUUUCUCCAUUGAACCUUAGCAUGAUAACAUCAUACUAUUAUAUAAGUAACACAACAAUUGAACGUUUCAGUUCUUCUUUGACAUCAAAAACAAAGUUGAAGGGUCUCCUAGAGAUUCUGGCUUCGGCUUCGGAAUAUGAACAACUUCCAAUUCAACCAGGAGAAGAAGAGUUGAUUCGCACAUUAAUUCUUCACCAGCGAUUUUCCUUGAAGAACCCCAAAUACAUAGACCUACAUGUGAAGGCUAAUGCACUGCUACAGGCUCACUUCUCAAGGCAAUUGGUGAGUGGUAGUCUUUCCUCUGACCAGCAAGAAGUGGUCAUUUCUCCCAGCAGGCUGCUUCAAGCAAUGGUUGAUGUUAUUUCCAACAAUGGGUGGCUUAGCCUUGCUCUUCUUUCUGUGGAAGUGAGCCAGAUGGUGACCCAAGGCAUUUGGGAGCGCGACUCAAUGCUCCUUCAACUACCACACUUCACAAAGGAUUGGGCUAAAAAGUACCAAAAGAGUAUAGAAACAGUGUUUGAUUUGAUUGAGAUGCACAAAAAUGAAAGGCGGAAGCUAUUGCAAAUGUCAGAGUCUCAGUUGAACGAUAUUUCAAGGUUUUUUGAUCGUUUUCCAAACAUUGACUUGACAUAUGAUGUGCUGGACAGUGACAAUGUUAGGGCCAGAAAAGAAGUCCGUGUGCAUGUGACCCUUGAACGAGAUCUUAAAGGGAGGACAGAGGUUGGACCUGUUGACGCCCCUAGAUAUCCCAAAGCCAAAGGGGAAGGAUGGUGGCUUGUGGUUGGUGAUACUAAAAGUAACCAGUUACUUGCCAUCAAAAGGGUUACCCUGCAAAGGAUGUUGAAGGUUAAGCUUGACUUCAAUGCUCCUGCAGAAGUUGGAAAGAUGACGUACACUCUUUAUUUCAUGUGCUACUUGUAUAUGGGUUGUGACCAGGAAUAUAGCUUUACCAUUGAAGUUAAAGAAACAGCAUGCCUGGAAGAUAACAGUGGAAGAGAGUGA